UUUUUAAGGUUCUGAUGACCACCGUAGACGACUCGGCCUUCACGGGCAUCGACGCCGCCUUCUUGCUGUACGAAGCCCAAGACGCGCCCAUCGACCUCGGGGUCCAGCUUUUCCACCGCUACGGUGCCGCCCUCGAGAAGUACGCCAAGAAGACAGUCAAGGUAGUUGUUUGUGGCUGCCAAAUGUCCGUCAACGCUUUUGCCUGCAUCCAGGCUGCACCUUCCAUAGACAACCGCAACAUCACUGCUCUCACAAGGCUCGAACAGAACCAGGCGCUUGCCCAGAUCGCCUCCAAGCUAGCAGUGGCGCCGAACAAGGUCCGCAACGUUGUCGUCUGGGGAGGCAAAGGCCGUGUGCCGGACGCCUACAACGCCGUCUUCCUGCACCGCGAGAACCUGCUUCCGGUCACCGAGACCCUCAAGGACGACAACUACUUAAGCGGCGAGUUCAUCGAAGUCGUCAACAAGCGCGCCCGCGAUAUGCUCAACGCACGUUCCAAGUACCCGUCGCUCUCCAAGGGCAAGGCAGCCUGCGAUCACAUGCGCGACUGGUGGCAGGGUACCGCCGAAGGCACGUGGGUCUCCAUGGGCGUCGUCAGCAAUGGUGCUUACGGCGUGCCCAAAGGAAUGGUCUACAGCUUUCCCGUGCGCAUCGAGAACAGGGAGUGGCAGAUCGUCGAGGGCAUCGACGUGAACCCGCACAUCAAGAAGCGCAUCGACGAAUCCGCCCAACGCACAAUGAACGAGACACAAGCCGCGGUUCGGGCGGCCUAAGUCAACCCGACAACUUGUCUAAGCACGGAU